AUGGCCGCGGCUGUCCUAAGAAAGCGGUACCCGUUCCUCGCUCCGGAACUACAAGUCUCCCAUCUCGUAGUCGGCGCUGGGGUCGUAGUGAGUCCGCCGCCCAGAACGACGAAGUCCAACAACGCUCGCACGAGCUCGUUUACCCCACACGAAGGUUGACUCUUGCCUCGAGCUCGAGGUCACGAGUGAGGAGGCUUGGCUCGUCUCGCCGCGCUCGGGUGGGGCUUGGGAGUGUUUGGGUUCGAGUUGGGUGGCUUUGCUUAUUUGCGGUGUGGUUUUGUUGUAUGGUAGGGUCUAGCUGUAACGGAGAGGUUGGUCAACAAGUUCGCGGAGAGGACGACGUUCGUUGUGGAGCGGUGAGUUGUGGGUAGAGGGAAUGGCAAUGUAGCCGUACACGAGAGGGGUGGUGUGAUGUACUUGAGUCGAUUCUUAUACUUUUCACGCUACGCGGGCAGACAUGGUCAAGCAGGCCAAGAAACUUCAUCGCGCAACUCGGAAGUGUACGUUACCCCGCGACCCACCUCUCAACUCGCGCGAAAUUGAUCAUCCCUCUCCAACACUGGCCAUCACAGCAUUCAUUCAGGAAUCUACUACCCCUCUGACUCGCUCAAAACCACCCUCUGCAUCCGCGGUCGAGAACUCCUCUACAAGCGCUGUCAAGCCAGUUCCAUACCUUAUCGCAAGACCGGCAAACUCAUCGUCGCGACGUCCAAAGACCAGAUUCCCUACUUGAAAGGCUUGGUCAAGAAAGCCGACAAGUGGGGGGGAAGGUCCCUCUGGAAUGGAAGAAGGGGGAUGAGUUGAGGGAGUUGGAACCGGAUUUGGGAGAGGGGAUCGUAGGGGGUUUGAGCAGUUCCGAGACGGGGAUCGUCGAUAGUCAUUCGUUGAUGGAGGCGAUGGAGAAGAGUGAGUCCGGGGGCGCACCGCUUGAUGCCUUCGAGUGAUGACUGAGGGCAGUCUUGCUCGUUUCACCAGCUAUUGUGGACAGUGAUACGGGCGAACUUGUGUAUGGAACUCGAGUCGUGCGGAUUGAUCGAGCUGAAGCGCCGAACAAACGCGGGAAGAGAGGCGAUGGAUCGGAGGACGGGUGGGUCGUGCAGACGAUUACGGCGGAUGGAAAAGGAGGCGAAGGGGAGAGAUCGGCGGUGUUGGCCAAGGUCGUAAUUAAUGCUGCGGGUUUGAGGUGCGUUGCUUUCGGAUUGGACUUGGAGUGAAGGUUAGGGUUUGGAGGCUCAUCGGGUUUCUUCGAGAUCUCGACGGUACAGUGCGCACCACCUCGUCAAUCAGAUCCUUCCCGAUUCAGAGCAAAUCGAGGUCCGAUACGCUAAAGGAAACUACUACUCGUGUCGGUCUCAGCUCCGAAUCCUCAUCCUUUACCCCGCCCCUCACUGAACCCUCUUCCCCUCAACCCCACUUAGAUCGAGGCCCCGGCACGUCCUCGAUCCGUCACCUCAUAUACCCCUGUCCGGACCCACACACCCUCGGAGGUCUCGGAACUCACCUGACCAUGAAUCUUGAUAACGAGAUCCGUUUCGGACCCGACGUCAAGUGGAUCGAACCUCCAAAAGAAGUAGGGGGAGUGGAGGACUUGGAUUAUUGGGAGAAGCAUUUGGCGGUCGACGAAGAGAGAAUGGGUUUGGCGAUUGAGGAGGUGAGGAAGGUCUUACCGGGGGUGGAGGUCGGAGGUUUUGCUCCAGAUUGUGAGUCGGAAACUAGGAUAUUUUAUUUUAAGAAGAAAUGCAUCUCUUUGAGUAUAAGUUUUCGAGAAGCUAAUACAGAGUCUCCAUUCCAAAAAAGAUACCGGCAUCCGCCCCAAAUUAUCCCGCCAAGGCGACCCCGCCGCCGACUUCUCCAUCACCCACCCUCAACCAGGCUUCAUCUCGUUGACAGGGAUCGAAAGCCCCGGAUUGACGAGUUCGUUGGCAAUUGCGGAAUAUGUUGAGGAGAUGGUGAGGAAGGAGGUGUGGGGGUUGGGAGUUGGGACGGGGAGGACGGUUAGCGAGGCGGGACGGUUGGAUGGAUGGGCCUGA